CCCUAGCGACAUGUCACAUGUAAAUGCGACAUGCGAUGACUUUGUUCACAACGUCCAUGUUGACAUCGUCAUAUACCUAAUUGUUUCUAAAUACGUGAAAAUGACAUUCAUAAACGCACAAUUUAUUCUUUUGCUAAAUCUGGGUCUAGUAUUGAUUUACGCUACUGCAAAAGAAAAUAAAUAUUCUGCCGAAGCAAACAAAGCUCAAUAUGUGGACUCAUCGCAGUUUCCAGAUUCUCUUAAAGAUUUGGAUAAACCAUUCAGAAUGGCAAAACUCAAUGUACUUUGGGUUAAAGCAAAAAAUCGCCUGACAGAUUCUAAGCUACAUUCGAUCUUCAGUGAUCUCAAGAUCCAUGACAAAGAAGAAAUUGCGUACAAACACUUUAAAUCUGAUGGAAAAGACCCUGAAGGCUUAGAAGAAGCGCAUCUAAGGAAAAAGCUCAUUGGAAUAAUGAGCACAUAUGGUCUAUUGGAACAUUUUGCUGACACAGAAAAUCCAGAGUUGCUUAAAAUGCACAAAGCACUAAAUGAUGGUAGUAAUUAUGUUGCUAAAGAUAUCUUUAAAGAUAAAAGACUGAACAAAUUAUGGGCUAAAGCUGAAAUGGCUGGUUUUACUGAUGAGGAGCUUGAUGCUUUAAAACAAGAAUUUCAUCAUCACCAGGAAAAAGUAGAUGAAUACAUGAGUUUAUUGAAAGACCCACAGCCUGGAGAUUCAAAGUCCGAAAAUGAUUUACAUCUUAAACCAGAAAGCUGGAAUGAAUUAGAAGAAGCUGAAGAGUUAUCUAACGAUAUACCAAACCAAAAGAUAAAUCAUGAAGAAAAAGCAAACUUACUUCGGGAAAAACAUUUGGAAUUAAGAAAUGGAUUCGAUCGUUUGGAUAGACUUACUGCAAAGGGACCAAACCAUAAGGAAUUUGUAGAACCCAAAGUACAGGGGCUGUGGAAAAUUGCACUAGAAGCAAAGUUUCCUCCUGAUGAGCUAGCAUCAUUAAAGGAGGAACUCCUGCAUUAUGAAUCAAGACUACUUAAACUGCGACAUCUUCACGCCGAAGGAGCUCUAGAAGCAGCACGAAAAGGGCAAGUUCAUGAUCUAGAUAACUCAACUGCAGAACAACAUAUAAAGAAACAUGUUAGAACUGUACAGAAACUUCAUAUGGAUCUGGAAACCAAAAUCAUGCAAAGGCACACAGAAUUAUAAAGAUGAUAGAGAUUCUCAAAGUAUUGAAUUAUAUACAAUUGAUUUAAUAUAUAUAUAAAUUAGAUUACAUGAGAAACUUUUGCAGAAAUGUUUAUCUAAAUGAUAAUUUCAAUUAUUCAAUAUUCUUUCUUGAAAUAUAUAUACAGUUUUUACUAAGCCUCACAUUCUACUUC